AUGGUUGCGUUGCGGAUAAGAUCACCCUUACCGCCACAGUACCAGCCAUUACAAUACAACACUACCAUACCUAAGGAUGAGGUUCGCAAUCGAGUAGGCGGAGCGUAUACAGGCGCGUUGCUUGAAGUGCUUCACGUUAUGGAUCGUAAGACAGUCAUCAAAAGCAAACUACAGGGAAUAGAGAGCUAUAACCCUGAACACAUAACAGCACUUGAAGAACAUCUAUCAUGGCAGAUCAUAAAUAAUGAUUAUGAUUUCGAAGCUAAUUUAGCUCUGCUUAGAUUAUAUCAGUUCUAUCCGGAACGUUUCAACGCUGAGUGUGCGAGGUUAGUGCUGCUGAAGGCAAUUAUAAGUAUGAGUCACUCAGAUUUUACAUUGUGCAAGUACUUGAUUCACCUCGAACAUCUCAGUGAAGAGCCACUUUCACAGGUUGUGGAACUUGGGUUUCUCCUGGAAACCUGUCGGUUUUCCGAGUUUUGGACGAAAGUUAAAGAAAACCCCAAAAUUUUUUCUGCUAUCCCUGGAUUCCGUGAAUCUGUAUGUAGAUUUAUUGUUCAAAUUAUUUCUCAAACAUAUCAACGUAUAUCAAAAACCUUAUUAAUGAGCUUUUUGGAUAUGUCAGAGAAUGAUUUAAAACAAUUUAUUAAACAAUUUGAAUGGUCCGAAAUCACUGAUAAUCAUCAUCAUAAUCAACUUAUCUUAAUUAAUAAUCAUGAAGAGAAUAUUAAAUCAAUACAAAUACGUGAACGUGUCAAUUUCGAUUCGAUCACAUCAAUGUCCGGUGCAUUUAGACCAUCAAAAAGUGAUUUUUUCAUUAAAACCAACAUACAAUCAUAAUCAUAUCAAUAAAUAAAUAAGUAAUUCAAUGAUUUAUUUCAUAAAAAAAAGAAAAGAAUGUUCCAUUUUUAAAUCAUUGAAAUAGAAAAAAAAUCUUGUGUAAUCAUUUUUCUUUUUUAUUAUACAUUUUACCCAGCAAUUGAUUUGUGUGUGUGGGUGCUUGUGUGACAACAAAAUAAUCAUGAUAUUGAUGAAUAAUCAGUAAGUCAAUUAGCAACAACGUAGAACAUUGUAUCUACGUACGUAUGUACAUCCAGUUCAAGUUGCUAUAGUAUAAGUCAAAUAAUCUAUAAUCAGAGAUAAGAGAAGAGAUUAUAAAGUUAAAUUAAAGGAAAUGGUAACUAUUCAAUUGUUAAACAUUAGUGCUUAUAUAUUUAAAAAAAUCUUAUUUGUACAAGCAAAAACUGAAGAUGAAUGAAGACAGAGAGAGAGAGAGAGAGAGAGAG